AUGGGGAAGAAAGGAAAAGGCGGGAAGAAAGGCAACAAGAAAAAGGAAAAAGAAGAAGUAGUUGAGGAAUUAAGUGAGGUAGACAAGGAAUUGUAUCAGCUUCAAAUAACCGAUCUCACAAGGAAAGUUGAGAGGCUUAAAGCAAGGUGUUUGGACCUAGAGCUCAGUAAUGAAGAAUAUCAAAAAUUGUAUGAGGUUCUUGAUGAAGACAGGGCAGAUAUAAUUUCAUACUUGAAAAAAAUUCUCCAGGAGAAAGUAGGUGAAAUUCAAGAACUGCAGGAGAGAAUUGAUGGAUUGAAAAAGUCUCGGGAAGCUGAAACAAAAGUGUACAAGAACAAAAUCUCUCAAAUGGAACAUGAUUACAAAAUGAUGCAUGAGCAAUUAACAUCUGAGAUACUGUUAAUAAAUGGAAAGCUGAAUUCAUUGGAAGAAUUUCGAAUUCAACGAGAUGAAUUAAUGAAUAAGUUCAGCCUUCAAGAAAAAGAGAUUGCUGAGCAGGAAAAAAGACACAAACAGACACUCUAUGAAGUGGAAAGGCAAUUCAUCCUUGCAAAGGAUAAAGCUAUGAAGGAAAUGGAGACUAGAUUGCUGCAAUUAUCAAAUGAUUUUGAAGAUGCAACACAAACCAGAAUUGCUGCUACAACUCAGAGAGCAAUAAGAGAAAAUAUUGCUUUAAACAAUGAGUUUGACAAGAUGUUGGAGACCAACAAAUACUUGAAGAUAGAAAAUGAAAUGCUGAAAGAGAAAAAUAUGGACUUGAAAACAAAAAUGAAACUUUAUGAAGCAGAGAAACAUCAAGCUCUCACUAUGUGUGUUGAGCAACAAACACGGAUUGAAACAUUAACAAGCCAACAACAGAGAAUGGAGCAAGAGAGAGAGAAACUGCAAGCAGAGGCAAAUACUGCAGCCACACUCCAGCAAGAAUUAAGCGAGCUUGAGGAAGAGGCUAAUGAGAGAAACAAUCAGCUGAAGGCAACACAGCAGGAAUUACAAAAGGCACUUAGAAAACAAAAUGAGCUGAAUGAUAAAAUAGCGGAAGCUCAAAUGUGGUCUGAUAAGCUCGAAAAUGUGCUGCAGAGUGCAGUUACUGCAAUCAAAGAAGCUCUAAUGGUAAGCAAUGCAUUGUUAAUUGUUGUUGCUGGUGACAUUAGUGAUGAUCUUGAUAAUGAUUACAAUUAUGGAAGAAGGCUCGAGCAGCAGUAUGAGCUUGUACGGCAGCUGACAGACCUAACACAUUUACAAUCACUUCUGGCAAUCCAGGAUUUGCAGCUGCCCAAUGACGUCAAGAGGACUGGGAAGUAUGUCAAAAGUGUUUAG